AUGAGGUAUAAUUGGCUGACUCGAAGUUUUCGAUUUGCUGCUGGGAUAGUGUCGAACAAGAGAAUGUCGUUUACGGAGUCACCUGCCAAGGCGGCAUUAUGCUGCGAGGACGGCGGAGAAGGAGCCCCACCGACAUUCACGAUGUAUGAGGCGUUGAAGGAUUCUUGCCAAAAUAACGCUACAUUCUUCCAGCCCGACGACAGCGAGAAUGGUCAACGGCUGUACCAAGGCUUCAUGACACUGAUAGACCAUAUAGACACUGUAUGGCCUCUUGUUGAUCAUGUCAGAAAGGUUGCACCAUCAUAUGAUUUUGAUGCAAAAUCUCCAGGAAAUGGAUAUCGCAGUUUUGUAUCAGUUGUGGAUUCAUGUGUUUUACAUGGUCUCAAACUCAGCAGACAAGUGUGCACUGGUCGAGAUGCACUUCUAUUUAGAAAGGGUUAUUUUGUAAAGGAGGUUGAAUCUUGUGGGCAAUUACUGGCAUCUCUUGGGACAUGCCUCCAUCAUCUACACACUUUACUUUCGUGGGCACCACCCGGUGAACUGUUCCCAACUGAACCACAUUCUCCGGAAGAAUUGUUCUCACAAGCAGACACCAUUAAUCAGUAUUGUUUUUAUGGAAGAUGUCUUGGGUUUCAGUUCCUGCCUUCGAUGCGUGGUAUACUGAAAGGAAUCUCGAUAUGCAUGGCGGGUUUCUCCGAGGCAUACUACAGCCACGGCAACCUGAUCAGCUCCGUGUGGACCGGCGGCCAGUAUCUCAUCGACCCCGAGAUGAGGGCGCGUCGCAUCGUCAACAUAUCGCAGUCGGCCAGUGUUGAAUUCUGCAAGGCAUUCUGGUUUCUAGCUGAGAGCGAAAUAAUGAAAAGGGUGCCAAGUCUCAUGUCGUCAACAGUGGCUGUGAACAAGCUGAUCACGAUACCUCCAGAGCCGAUCACAGUGACCACUAUGGAGGGGAAGGAAACCACAGUGCUACCGCCGACAGUUCAUAUAGGCCUCCAAGGCUUGAAUGUGAGGUUGAUCAGCGUUAACAAAAGAACGGGCAUGGCAGGCGAAGGUGCAUCGAAUCUCCCCCCAUCCGACGGCAUAGUGUUCCACUGCCACGGCGGCGGUUUCGUCGCGCAAAGCUCCAAGUCCCACGAGACUUACUUGCGCGAGUGGGCGGCCAAACUCAACGUGCCCAUACUGUCUAUAGACUACAGUUUGGCACCGCAGGCCCCGUUCCCUAGGGCCUUGGAGGAAGUGUUCUACGCGUACUGCUGGAUGGUCAACAACUUCAAGGAAAUUGGGACGACAGGUAAACGGGUAGUAUUCGCGGGCGACUCGGCGGGCGCUAACCUAAUAGCGGGCUGCACGCUCAAGAUCCUGCAGGCGGGGCUGCGUGUGCCCGAGGGGCUGUUCAUGGCAUACGCGCCGCUGCUGGUCAGCUUCAUACCGAGCCCCGCCAGACUUCUGUGCCUGAUGGACCCGUUGCUGCCGUUCGGGUUCAUGAUGAGAUGUCUCAAAGCGUACGCCAGUCCUAAUGGUAGCAAAAAGGAUGACAAACAACAGGGUAACAACCUACCCAACGCAGUAUCGAAUGCUACUACGCCACAGGACAGCAACGGGUUCCUUAAAGUCAGCGCAUCUCAAGAGGGCAUAAGCGAAGAACCCUCAUCGUUCGAGGAAGUGUCACCUUCAGAUCUAGCUGAACUGCAAGCGCACAAAUCCGGCAGCGAGAGGAGAAAAUCUUCGGACACCACCAUCAGUGCGGCUUCACUGCAGAGCGAACACACUGCCACAGGCGUAAGUCCACCCGAGGACGGUUCUCAGCGUUAUGUGUCCGCGUUUCUGGAGCGAUAUGUUUUGGACAGCGACACCGACUCGGAAGGCCGAAAACUGCCUGUACAACGCUCACACAGAGAUCAAGAGUCUGAAAACUCCAGUACCCUGGUAGGUGAACCGCCGCUAGUGGAUGACUUUGAUGCCAAAGACAAGAAGAGAAUAAAGACGAGAUUGAGCGAAGCAGCGACCGGCAUCAUGGGUGCGAUGUCGUCCCGGCUCGCUUAUAUCACAGGAUCCAAUUCUAUAUCGAGGCCGACGCAAGAAGAUAUUGCGGUCCGUUCGAACCUAGACGCGUUGAUAGCGCGAAGUCCAUCGGACGAGUUCAUAUUCUCAGUGCCGCGCGAUCCCUUCCUGUCGCCGUAUUGGGCCGACGAUCGUCUACUCUCCAGGUUCCCGCCCGUCAGAAUACUGACGGUACACUUGGACCCGUGCCUCGACGACUGCGUGAUGUUCGCCAAGAAGCUGAAGAGGCUCGGCAACGUCGUCGGCAUCGAUGUGCUGGAGGGUCUGCCACAUGGAUUCCUUAACUUUUCAUUGAUGGCGAAAGAAGCGAACGAAGGCUCCAAACUGUGCGUGGAACGCAUCAAACAGCUAUUGGACAUUGAUAUCCCUCCGGUAGCGGAGAACAACCACUUAUGA